AAGCAGACUGUCGACAGGCAAGCAAUCGACAACGGGUAUCACAGAUAGCUCUUGUGAAAACGAGCGCUGUGUGGGGUAGCAAAGAAGUGUAAAUUGUAUGAGUGUGAGCGAGCUCGCAAUAUGAAACUUUAGUAUUGUAAAUGGAUAGUGGAAAGUAUGGAGGAGACGAAGCGAUACGAUGGCGUUUGCCAAAUGAGUGACGAUAGUUGAAGUAGAAGGUUGUAAAAUGACAUUUCAACCGUUUCGGUGAUCAAAGAAAAUUGAUUAACGCGCCAAAAGUAGCAAAAAAUAUAAUUGAAGUGCAAAGAAAUGUCAGUAGCAAGUGCAACACUGCACCCAAGUGUCAAAUUUGAAGCUAAAACCAAUUAGACUAAAAAGUACAAAUUUAUUUAGAAAGCCAAAAAAAUUAUUUUAUAAAUACAUAUUUAAAAGUGUAGAGAAAUCCAAGAGAAACAUUUGUAUAAAAAUAUCUAUACAAUAGAGAAUAUAUUGUAUGAAAAAGAGAAAUCCAAAUACAUCUGCAACGAAUAAAACGAACAUUUCAUAUACGGCAAGCGUAUAUAAGCGUUCGGAAUUCAGUGGAAGUGGCAUGUGAAAUAUAGAAAAACAGGUACAAGGCAAACGAUAGCAACAACAAAAGCGAACUGUAAUAACACAGGGUUGUAUGUGUGCACAUAAUAAAAUAACACAGCCCAACACAGUUCACCACACCACAGGUAGUAGUGGUAGACAGAGAGAGUAAAGUCUAUAUACAAAAUUUACGUUAUAUGUGUGCGUCAUCUCGCUUUGGCCUUGUUUGACAGUUCGUAAUUUGACUUGGGCACAGUCGUCUCUGUGCAAUAAUGCUAUCUGGCUGUAGCGAAUUAAGUGAAGAUUUUAAAUUUGUACGGAGCUGUUUGUGAAAAGUUGACAAUGUUGUAAAAUGUUUUUAACUCGAUAUAAAACAAUUUAAAAAGUUUGAGAAAUGUACCCAAGCAACCAGUGUGGUUCAAAAUAAUCGCCCAUAUAAGUAAACUUGAAACCGUUUUCAAAUGCUAGCACCACUACUGCACAUAAAAACGCUCCAGAGGUGGUAAAUAUAUGAGAAGUUUUUGGUUUGUGCAGAGCAGUCGUUUAAUUUAACCAACGCGAAAAGUGACGAAAGAAAUAUUCUUUCCUACGAUUUGAUUGUCAAAAUCAAUACAAACGGAAAUAAAAUUUUAUAAUUGAACAAAAUUUCUCUAGACGUGUAAAAAAAUUAAUUUGAUAUAAAGACAAGAGGCAACCAACAACAACGAAAGCAAAGGAGUGACAACGAAUAAAGGGAAGUGUCAAAGCAAAAAAAAACUAAAGUAAAUAACAGAAGGAAAAUAAGCAAAACUGAAAACAGACAGAAAGUUGUGAAAAUAGUGCUGUAAAUAAAUGCUUUGCUCUGGUGAAAAAGCAGACGUCGCUAUUAAAUUGUACGAAGAAAAACUGUAAAGCAAAUUAAAAAAGAAAAUUUAAAUAGACACAAAUACAUGCUUUAUGCGACAUACCAGUUGUGUAGUAUUGCCCAUCUCUUUCUCUCCAAUUGCGAACAGUGGAUGAUGUGCCUGCGCUCCAGCUGUCAUGUAUUAAAUACAGCAAUAAAUUACAUACGAACGGAAACCCUGACGGCAGUGGCUGCAACAACUGACGAGUGCAAAUGUCAAGCUGGUUUUAUAUCAAACAAAAUAGCAACAAGAACAACAUAAACAACAACUUCUCCAAAGCAAUCCAUAACAACACUUUACUACAAAAAAUUGGUUGCAGUAAACCCAAUAAAAUAAAAAUUUAACAAAUGACAAAAUGUUGCAACAAGAGCAUCGCCAAAUAAGCCAUGGCAAAAGUAUGCAUCAUCUAACAUUCCCCACAAACUACAAACAAACAAUGAACAAUUUGAUCAAAGCUAAAAACAAUUCGACAACAUUCACUCCAGUCAGCACAACAAUACUUGACUCAAGUAGCCGCAAUCAGGAGCAACUGCAACAAACAGCGCGCACAAGCGUAAAUUACACAGAUAAUACGAUGGAUUCAACUGCCACAGUAGCAAGACCGCCCACACAGAGUGUUGGCAAUUACGGUGGCAACAACACAUCACCUUCAACAAUGGGUGUCAAUUUACGCGUCACUGGCCAAUGCAGCCAGGGUGGACGUAAAUAUAUGGAAGAUUACUUCUCGGUUGCCUAUCAACAGUCGGAGAAUGCCAAGGAUCUUGAAUAUGCAUUUAUUGGCAUUUACGAUGGCCAUGGUGGCGCCGAGGCAGCUACAUUUGCCAAAGAGCAUCUAAUGAUGCAGAUUAUUAAUCAGAAGGCUUUCUGGUCUGAAUCGGAUCAUGAUGUAUUACGAGCAAUACGCGAAGGAUAUAUUGCCACACACUAUGCGAUGUGGCGAGAUCAAGAAAAUUGGCCCAAAACAGCAAAUGGCUUGUUGAGCACAGCCGGCACUACCGCCACCAUCGCCUUUAUACGUCGUGAGAAGAUAUAUAUUGGCCAUGUUGGUGAUUCGGGUAUUGUGCUCGGCUAUCAGAAUGAGGGUGAGAAAUAUUGGCGUGCUCGACAGUUGACUGUUGAUCAUAAGCCUGAAUCGACAGAGGAACGAGCACGUAUACAACGCUCUGGGGGCAAAGUGGUAGUCAAAUCCGGUGUGCCACGUGUCGUUUGGAAUAGACCGCGUAAUGCGGGUCAUAGAGGUCCAAUACGUUGCAACACACCCGUCGAUGAGGUACCAUUUUUGGCUGUGGCACGUAGUCUGGGGGAUUUAUGGAGUUAUAAUUCCAAACGUAACGUGUUUGUUGUUAGUCCAGAUCCAGAUGUACAAGUGAUAAAAAUAAAUCCAAAGACUUUUAGAUGCUUAAUUUUCGGCACAGACGGUCUGUGGAAUGUUGUCACACCGCAAGAAGCGGUCGACACCGUCUAUGAAAGAGAAUGUAUUAACGAGCGUCUACAAGCAUAUACAAAUGCCGAAAAUGGUAAUAACGAAUGGACGAAUCCCAGUAAAAGUUUAGUAGAGCGAGCUUUGAAAACGUGGUCGUCGAAAAAAAUGCGUGCUGAUAACACUUCCGUAGUCACUGUCAUACUGUAUCCAUCUGCCAAUGACACAACAAACACUAACUCGGUGGCACCCAACACGCUCUCCUACAAUAACUUGCCAAAGGAUAGUUGUGGACUCGAAUAUACGGAGGUAUGCGCUGAAGUGCCCGCAUCCGAAAGUUAUGGUAUUUCGUACGAAGAAAUCGCAGAAAAGCACACAAUGCCUGAAGCCUUCCGGAAUUUUGAUUAUUUGAUCGAUGAAGAAGCUAUUAAUGCAUCACUGCAAAUGCAGCACGAAGAGAAUUGUGAGCGUAAAUAUUGUAGUGAAGAAAUGUCCUAUUGGAAUAACUGGAGUUGGGAGGAGCAUCAAUCGGAUUGUGCUGGUGAUUAUAAUCACCAUGUGUCCACUUUGGCCACAAGUAGUGAUGUUAGCAUUUGUAGCAAAGCCAUAGCAAGUCACAACACGUUGUGCAAUACUAAUGGUACUAUAACAGGUGAUAGCGAUGAAAAUGCCGUGGAUGGCGUACACACAUGUGCAGUUAAUGAUAAUGCAGAAUGUGAGGCAGCUGUUUUGAAAUACGCACAUUACAAUGCUGACGCGUCAAAUGCGUCGAGUGAUGUUAGCAAUGAAUUGGGCAAUGCGGGUUUUAUGACAUUCGCUGAAUCGUAUAAUUCAUUUUUGAAUGAACAUAUGUCACAUGACAGCACCAACAGUUCAAAUUCCAAUUCUAAUUGUCAAAUUAUUAGCGGUACGAGUGAGAUAUUACAAGAACAACAGUUGUAUCAACAGCAAUGCAUGUCCGAGGAGGAAGGUUAUUCACUAACCAAGCUGGAAACACGGCGUGAGCAACAGCGCUGCACCAGUGGUGUACAAACCUUUAAAAUUUUCCAAACACUUGACACAAGCGGCACCAGCUACGUGCCGCAACGCGUAGAUCAACAAGAAAACAAUCUGCAGCGUGUGGUUGAGCAAACGUCACGAGAAAAUUCAAACUUGCAGCUUCACACAACUGCCACAGCGCAACUUACAGUUGAAGAAACUCGGGAACUGGAGGCUGCGCUCACCUGGGAACCAUCGGAAUGUGCGCCACUGGCUACAACAAUCAAUCAGUAUCUCACUUAUCCAGCUGAACAUCAAAAGCCUUUGGAGCUAAAUUCGCUGCUGCAACAAGAACGCGAGGAGGAGCAGCAAGUCGCUUAUGAGAGACUCGAAAUGCAGCGACGCCUCGCACAAGCAAAUGUGAUUAAGGUAGCGACAGUGCACGCUGAACGCACUGACAGUAAAAUUGAAGCUGAACAGCCUGCCACUUUACCUAUUGAAGAAGUUGAGGAUGUGUUGGUCGAGGAGUAUAUCGAGGAAGACGACGUCGAAAGUGCUGAACUAGAACUAACGGAAGCGUUAAAUACGGUACAAAAAGACGCAAGAGUACAAAUUAACGAAAUCUCGUCCAGCAUGUCAGAACAUACGAAUUGCGAAAGCAGUAUCAGCAGUACUCAUAAUGAACUGUUAGCGCCCACUGCUGCAACGCCAAGCCAAAAACCACAAAUUAUUGAGAAAAUCGAAAAGAUUGAAAUACUGCCACAGAAAUUGCCAACAAAAUUGGAGCGUUUGUCCAGCCAUACGCUACUAACGACACAGAAAACACCACGCCACCCACAGUACAAAAAGGCUACAGGCAACGCAGCAGUUGUGUGUACAGCGUCAACAUCGGCGGCAAGCCAUAAGCCAAGUGAAAAGGUCAAAGUUACAUCGUACGACUUUACCUCACGUCCACCCAAAGCGUGUCCAGCGCGCACCUCGCUCAAGCGCUCGCAGACGCAAUUUCCCAAUAUACCAAACGAGAAUGCACGCGCCGCAAGUGAGUCGACAUCAUCGCAUGCGCUCAGCAAACGCCGGCGCUAUGACGCCUACAACGACUAUGUGCUGGGAGCGGUUAGCAGUACGAGCAAUAAAACUAUUAUGGACGUCGAUAACACAAACAGCACUAGCAACAACUGCCGCAAUCGGCGCUGUAACACCAACGCGUCCAUGGUGCAUUCCAGUAGUACCAACUGUGGCACUAUCACUUUGGAGAAACGCCAACUGCGCAGCAAUAGCGGCAUUGUGGACUACUCCAAGCGUACAUUACGCACACGCAAUUCGCUCAGCAAAGACUUAAAAGCAAAAGCAUCACUAACAUCAACAAUGCGUCGUGUGACCUCACAAUUCUUGCAUGAGACCGCCGUCAGUCUAAUGAGCAGCAGCUCUGCGCUAGCGCAACAGCGCCAACAACAACGCAGCACAAAUGGCGGCGCUAGCAGCGGCAUGGCGUUGAACAGAAGCGGCAGCGGCACGAACAACCAUAGUUGCAGUAGCAGCGGCAGCGUUGGACGACGAGCGCGUGCGGAAAAACUCUUAACGACGAGCACGGACAAUUUGGAGGCUGCCUUCUCGCACGUGAUCAAUUUGCGUUCGCGCAAAGUGGCACAUUUCGCUGUGGCUGCAGCAGCAGCGGCGGCCGCUGUCAAUCACACACAAACGACGCGACGCGCGAAAGGCAUUGUCGGCAGUAGUCCACUGGUCACUACAUCGGCGUCCACAGUGCUGCGCCGCGAACGGCAUAAUUUGCGCAGUUUGAGUACGCGCAACGCUGCCAGUCCGCCCGGUCUGAUGUCUGCCAACGGGCAGCGCGAUUAUGCUUAUAGUAAGACCCAAACGCGCAGCGGUUUGCAUGCAACCGGCAUGUGCGCAUACAGCUUGACGUCCAACGCGGCGCCCACUUCUAAAUUGCUCAAUGGCACAGCGGGUGUGAAUGCGGCUACGCGGCCGCGUACACACGCGCUGCUCCUGGCGAAGCAGUCGGUGGGCGCUGGCAGUGGCGGUGCUGUGUCCGCAAGCGGCAUGCUGGGCGUACGUGGCGGCAGCAGUGCCACAACCUCCUUGGCAACGCCCACUUCGUACGCCAAACGCACGACAGCGUUGCGCAGUGGCGCGGUGGGAAGCGGCAGCGCAAGCACCAUUAUGCUGACUCGUAGUGGCGGACGCAAUGGUAGAAGACUGAAUCGUUAAAUGUUGUGAGCGGAAGCACUACCAUUCGGUAUGUGCGGCGCGGCGACUGCGCGCGGUGAUUGUGAAGUUAUUAGUACAAAAAUGCCUGAGAGCAGGCUAGACGCUUUUACUUGUUCAGGUUUGCAAAAUUAACAAAAAAAAAACCAAAACCAAAAACAAUAAAUAAACGUUGUUGACAUUGCAAUAUUUGUUCGUGGUGCAAACCGCCA